AUGAUCGUAGGACGAACGCAAAUUCGUCCGGCCCAGUCCACAGUCUAUCAACAAAAGCAAUUCCAAGCUUAUCGGCAGGGUCGUAUUGACCAGGACAAUCGCCCCAAUAAACGGAAUGUAGGAGUUCGCGGUGAUCUAGAAGCUGGUUCGAAGAGGAGACUAGGUGGUGCGGGUGGAUGUUGCAGCGGAUCUACGGCCUGGUUGUAUAUCUUUGCCAGUGUAAUCUGUGUUCUCUUAAUCCUAACAGCGAUACUUGUACCGACGUUGUAUGGCGUGUUUAAUCAGCCGGCGCCCGGUGGUGGCCUUAACAAUACAUUCUAUGGUGCCGAACACAAUACUGUAAGUAUAUCGUGUUCAAACACACUGAUACCAACUCUAACCGUCCUAGAAGCAUUCUAUGGUUGGAAUAAUGCGUCGAUCUGUAGCUGUCUCAAUAUGGAUGUGACAACAGUUGUACGAACUGCUUGUAAUGCAACAAGUUGUUACUUUCAAGUUGAAAACACACUUUUAACUGAUACAUGUGUUGGAAUUGUAAAAACAUUUUGGAUGUUUUAUACUUGCAGCUAG